UGAUGAGCAGCCAUCAACGGAAAUAAACUGCAGUAAUUUCUCCCGCAAAAGCAAUCAAAAACGAUACCAGCAACAACAACAUAACACAUUUGGAACGGCCACCGCAAGGAGGAGGAGGGAGGAGGAGCAGCAGCAGCAGUAGCUAGUGCAGUCGUGUGAAAAUUGUUGUAUCGAAAGUGCAUAAAAUGAAAAUGUGCCACACAAACAAUUAGUGGUGCCAACAGAAGUGAGCAGAACGGCACAUGCUAGAAGAGCCAAAACAAGAGGCAGAGACAAAAGGCAGCUAAACAGAAAGCAAACAACAUGUCAAGGACUUGAGUGUGAACAGAACAGAGAGCGGGGUAAGGAGAGCAAAGCGGAACUUAGAGCGCGUCAGGAUUUGUUUGGAAAGAUGCGUACCUACUACAGUGCGAAGGAUAUGCGAAAAUACGGCGAUUUGAGCUAUGAAAGCAAAUACCUGCUGGAUCCGAAGUUUAUGACGAAAAGAGACCUGCAGCACUACUAUCGCUACUACAACAUGAACAAGAAUCGCGGGCAGUUCAAGAAGAUUGUGAUUGUCAUAUUCUGCCUGUGCGUCUUCUCGUAUCUGUGCGUCGACUAUAAUCUGAGGACAAAGCUGCUGCGCUUCCGCGAUGGCUUCGACUUUGUGGCCAGGAUCGAGGACUCGUACGGUGGCAAACUGAGUCGGGCGUACUUUGUGGAAACCACCGGCUGCCGCAUGCCACACUUUGAGGUGGUCGAUGACAACAUAGCCCAAUUCAUUUUCAAGCCGAGUGCCUACAAGUGCAACAAACCGCUGACGCGUACCAGUGACAGUGUGCCUGGCGAACUGCAUCUGAAUCUGAACACCAACGAGCUUCUGUCUCAUUAUAACAUCAGCGAUCUGUCCGCCGUGAGCUGCAACUAUACGGAGGUGAAGCGGAAAAAUGACUGGAACAACACCUAUUCGCCGGGCGUCAGCUUUAAGCUGGAGAAGGUCAUGCAUCUGCCGCCGGAAAUGGAGUUUUUCUGCCUCUGGUGCUACGACUCCACAGACCGUUGCAUCUACAAGGACUGCCACUUCUUUGCGGUGGACAAGCCAGUGCAGAAGAUCACGACCAGGCCGGGUGUGGAGAGGGUUAGCUUUAAUCAGAGCAAGGAGGCUGCUUCGGAGCGACUGUCUGUGAUGAUCCUGGGCAUUGACAGUCUCUCGCACUUGAACUUCCUUCGACAAAUGCGAAAGACGGCCGCUUACAUCAAGAAGAAUCUGUCCCACGUCGAACUCUGGGGCUACAACAAGGUGGGGGACAACACUUUCCCCAACAUAGUGCCCAUGCUGAGCGGUCUGGACGAUCAGGAACUAAACAUCGCCUGUGCACCCAAGGCCAAGCAGACCUACGACGGCUGCUCCUUCAUUUGGAAGCGUUACCAGCAGGCUGGCUACAAGACCCUUUUUGCCGAGGAUGUCGGACGGAUAUCGGCGUUCAACUUCAAUCAGAAUGGGUUCCAUAAGCAGCCGACGGACUACUAUCUGCGGCCCAUCCUGUUGGAAAUGGAACGCACGCUGGCCUACAAAAAGGACGUCAAUGUGAAACUCUGCAUGGGCGGCAGACGUACGCCGGAUGUGCUCUUGGAAUAUCUGACGAAAAUGGUGCCAAAGAUGGGCAAGGACCUGUUCUUCUCGUUCUUGUGGACUGUGACCCUCACCCAUGACUACUUCAACUUUCCGGCACUCUUGGAUGAGGCCAUGGUAACGCGCCUACGACAGCUCCAGAACUCGGGAGUACUCAAUCGUACGGUGGUGAUGCUUCUGUCCGAUCAUGGCCUACGCUGGGGCUCCUUUCGGCGCACCUACCAGGGCAUGAUGGAGGAACGACAGCCGCUGAUGACCAUGCUCUAUCCGCCGUGGAUGAACGAACGCUACCCGGAGGCCAUAGCCAAUCUGAGAACAAACUCGCGACGAUUGGCCACGCCCUUCGAUGUGCAUGCCACAAUGCUGCAUCUGCUGGAUAUGGGCAACCUGGAGGCAGAACAAGUGCUGAAGAAGGCGGAAGAGUUCAAUGAUGUCGAUGGCAUCCUGCCGCGCGGCAUCAGCCUGUUUCUGCCCAUACCGGCGGAAAGAACGUGCGAGCAGGCUGGCAUCGCCUCCCAUUGGUGCACGUGCCAUCAGCGCCAGGAGAUUCAGACCAACGAUGGCCGGGUGCAGCGCGCCGCACGCUAUGUGGUGCGUUUCAUCAACAAUCGACUGAAGGAGAACGCCCAGUGCCGAACGCUCUAUCUGAACUCCAUACUGCAGGCCUUCAUUGCCGCCCCGCAUCACAAGAUUGUCAAGAAUAUAUCCACGGACUAUGCCGUGGAUAUUACGCUGCGUAUGCAAACGAAGCCCGGCCUGGCUGUCUUCGAGUCGACGGUGAGGAUGUCGGGAUAUACGAGUGUACUGACCGGAACCAUCAGUCGCAUCAAUCUGUAUGGGAGUCAGAGCUACUGCAUGAAUGAUCCGGCACUUAAAAUGUUUUGCUAUUGCCAUAGAUAAGUCAGAUAAGCAUUUGGGGUGGGGACGGUACGGGACAAGGAGGGGUAAUUUGUCAAAGACUUGAGACCCAAUACGUAGCCUUAGCCAUACCACUAAGUUUAUUUCUAUGAAAUAGAUAUGCUAU